UACGCUAACUUUGCACUUUGCAGAGUUUCUUGUGGGCUUUUGUUGUUGUAGAUGUUGAAGAGGAAAUAUGAUAUGAGGCUCUUUCUCAUAUAGAAAAGCCGUGAACAAUACAUCUCUCUCUCCCUAUUCUGUCCUUUGGCAAUUCCCAAGCUUCAACAUUUCUUCAUCUUUCGCCUUUUUGCUCUCAAUGCUCAACUACCCGUAUAUAUAUUCACCAUUCUUGUUUAAAAUCUUUGAUAUCAUCAUUUUCGUCUAACUUUUUGAUACUUUUCUCUGAAUUUUUUUUCUUUUUUCUUUUUUUUCUGUGGAUUGUGUACUACUAUGAUCUCUUCUGUCAGUGUCAAGCAGCCAACGGGUUUGUCAAUCCAUGGAUCAGAUUUUCUCCAGGCACGAAGGAAGUUUCUGCCGCGUCAUUCGCCGGUUUUUCCGGCGGAGCCGCGGCGGACGUUUGUUCUCUCGCUUUCUAAGCCGCUCCACAUUUCCAAGGUAGAGUCUUUUUCGGCUGAUGCAGGGACAGAAGGGUCGAGGAGGAUCGUGUGCAAGGCUUAUGAAGCUGAACGAUCGGAGCCGAUUGGAGAGUCUCCGGAAGCGCGAUCUGAGGCUGCGAGGAGAGUGAAAAUUGGAAUUUAUUUCGCGACGUGGUGGGGGUUGAAUGUUAUUUUUAAUAUUUAUAACAAGAAAGUGUUGAAUGCAUAUCCCUUCCCGUGGUUAACCUCGACGCUGUCUCUGGCUGCUGGGUCGCUCAUCAUGUUGAUUUCUUGGGCGCUGAGGAUCGCGGAAGCUCCAAAGACUGAUCUUGACUUCUGGAAGUCCCUUUUUCCGGUUGCAGUUGCUCACACAAUUGGGCAUGUUGCGGCUACUGUGAGUAUGUCAAAGGUGGCAGUUUCAUUCACCCACAUAAUCAAGAGCGGAGAGCCAGCUUUCAGUGUGUUGGUCUCAAGAUUCAUACUGGGAGAGACGUUUCCGCCAGCAGUUUACCUGUCUCUCGUUCCGAUCAUUGGUGGUUGUGGUCUGGCCGCUCUAACCGAGCUCAACUUCAACAUGACUGGUUUUAUGGGGGCCAUGAUCUCAAAUUUGGCGUUUGUUUUUCGGAAUAUAUUUUCCAAGAAGGGCAUGAAGGGGAAAUCGGUCAGCGGAAUGAACUAUUAUGCCUGCUUAUCUAUUCUGUCACUCUUAAUUCUCACUCCGUUUGCAAUUGCUGUGGAGGGACCACAGAUGUGGGCAACGGGAUUCAAAGAAGCUCUGUCUCAAAUUGGACCCCAGAUCGUCUGGUGGAUGGCAGCGCAGAGCAUAUUUUACCACCUUUACAAUCAGGUGUCUUACAUGUCACUGGACGAGAUUUCUCCUUUGACGUUUAGCAUUGGGAACACCAUGAAACGUAUUUCCGUCAUUGUCUCCUCUAUCAUUAUCUUCCGAACACCUGUACAACCAGUCAACGCUCUUGGAGCUGCGAUUGCAAUUCUUGGAACUUUCUUGUAUUCCCAGGCCAAGAAGUGAGGACACUGGACGUAGGAGUUCUAUACGAGGAAGCAGCAGCACAAACGGAUAGAAGUAAUGAAGAUUUGUGGUGCUUGGAGGUUGAUAAAACUGUCUAUGGUCUAUAUACCCAAGAAGUGGAGCAGCGGCUUUACUUGUAGAUAGUAGUAAUAAUGAGUUGCGAAACCGUCUUUAAUUUUAUACAGUUUUCAUUUAAUUAGGUGGGAUGCCCUGGUUCUUGUUUUGUACCUUAGAGGCUUUUGGAUAAAAGAAUUGAUAAUUGUACCAAUAAACGAUGAUGUCGAAAUUCUUAAAUCCCAUCGAAGGGACAACCUUUCCAAUGCCAUGGAUCA